CGUCUCGUCUGUCCCGCCCGGACCCCGAAUUCGUGUCGUGACCACCGCGACCAAAAUGGCGUGGUAUCCUCCAAUGGCUGCAGGGAGCAGUGAAAGUGAGGGAGUGGGCCCGAUCUUUGCUCAUCCCUGCGCUCCCUGCCCGCUUCCCUGGACAUCGCCGUGGAUGCCCUGGGCAGCUCCCUGCCCCGGGAUCUUGGGCAUUGAGCCGAUGCUGAACUUUGAGGCCUACUUGGAACAGAUGGCUCCCAACGUUGCGCCAAUGGAAGGCGGCCUGGCUUUGCCGGGGCCGGGCAUGGCACCUGGCCUGGCACAGACUGUGCCGCCCGCGAUGCCCCCAGCUUUGGGCGUGGAUUUGUCGAAGGCCAUGGCGGCCGCGCAGACGGCCACGAAUGCCUGUGGAUCAGGUUGCAUACCCGUGGCGGCUAGACAGGUGGCCUCGGGCUUGUGGUGCGUCCUGGUCAGCGAGAACGCGCCCAACGCGCCCAACGCGGCGACGCCGGAGAGGAUGGCGCAGGCCUUGCAGGUGGAGAGCAUCAGUGUGGCAAGCGUGGAACCGCCAGCAUUCACACUUCCUACGAUGAAUUUGUCUUUAGCCGAACACCUGCAACCCAUUCCAGAAGCGGAGUCGCCCCCGCGCACGCCGCCGCCAAGAGCCACGGCCACAGGCAACGAGGCCUUCCCCACGCCAUCGCCCGUCAGCUACCGCGCUGCAGCUGCGCCGCACCCGCACCCGCACCCGCUGGGCGUCGAGAAGAUGCAGCAGAGCGUUUCAGGGCUGGCCGUGGCAGAUCACAUGGCCACGGACGUGGUGAAGGACCAGACAAUCGAUGUGAUGAGACCAGCCAUGUGGCCAGAGGCCGUGGCCGUGGACCGGACUUGGGAGACAUGGAACGAGAAGAAGCCGCCUCGACAAAGUCGAGACAAGAUCUCCAAUGGGAACUGGUCCGGAUGGAGCUGGGAGGAACCGCCCGUGGCGUCGCUGCCCGCAGAGACGCCUCCCUCGCUGCCCCAAGAAACUGCGACAGCGGAGAAGUGGGAGGCUCCGCGCCGCAAGAACCGCAAGAGCCGCGAGAUGUCGCGCUGGGAGCGCUGGAUGGUUCAGGAGGAAUUUUCUGCGAGUGAAGAUGGAAGUCAGAACUGGGACCAGGAGGCGUCGUGGCUCCAAGAUGAGUCUGAAGGUGGGCUGCUCAGCAAGACGGUGUGGUAUUUGAUCGAGGAGGUCUUGAUUCAACGGCCUCACUUGGAGGCCGGAAAGCGAGUCACUGUACCCUUUCCAUCUUGGGUCAACAGCCUGCCUCGCUUUAGUGGCUACCACUGGGAGCGUGGGCCCAAGUGUGAUGAGAAGCGAUCCUUGGUCAAUCGUGCCUUGCGUACUAUGAGCAAGAAACUGCCGGGAUGCUGUUGGACAGUGGACAUGCAAGCGGAGGAGAUGCAAGUCCACCUGGCUGACGUCGCGCGUUUUUCACGCUUCUGCGAUGGUAUGUGAUCGCGAGGCGGAGCUGAAUCCGGAGGUCAAGAAUCCAGGUUGACAUCGCAAGCUGCGCAGGAUUUUUUUUCUCGGAUUUACGAAGAAUGACC